AUGCCUGGGGAAAUAGAUUGGGAAACGAUUAUCCCGCUUCGUCGUCAGGUGGAAAGUGUCGUUGCAAGUCGAGAACGGCAGGAUGGUUUUCUGUAUGACGUGAAUGGGCGUCGUAGCAACGCGUUGGCGAAUUACCGGGACAGAUUCUCGGACGACGAAUUUGAUCCUGAAUCAGGAGGAGGAGAAAGCCUGGGUGGCAUUGGUAGCACAAUGGACGAGGAAGAUGACUGGAGGGAGGAAGCUGCUGCAUCUCUGCAGGGUUACCGAUACCAGUAUGACAAUACAGGGGAGCAGGAAGAGAACUUUCACAAUAUGCCUGGUGUUUCGGCUCGUGAUGCUGGUGCUGGAGGGGAGGGAGAGGACUUUGAUGAAUUUCAGCAGGGUGCUGGUGGUCAGGCGUCCACGCUGGCAGCACGAGGUGUUGAUGAGAGAGGGGUGAGUAGAGCAGACACGCAGGGCCAUGGCAAGCCGGUUGCAGAACAAUACGAGGACAGUGAUCAGGUAUUCACUCUGGAAGCAGCAGCAGUUGUUGACAACAAAGAACCAGGCAGAUUGGACCAUGACCAGAUGGUUAGACAAAGAAGCGAGAGUGGUGGUAGUGAGCCAGCAUUGCCUGCGCACAUUGACACCUGGAGCCUUCAAGAGAAUCCUCUGAAUGUCUCUGUUGAAUGA